AUGGCGCACUUGCUUAGCGGCGCCUGCCUGGGGAAUAGGGAGCAGGCCAGAUGGUUCCUCAGAGUAGCGCGAGCGCAGACGGGGACGGCGAUCAGCAAAGUAGCCCAGGCGGCACCCGACUCCAAGGAUACGCUGAAGACGCUGAGGAAAGCGCAUGUCGCUGCGCUGAAGGGCUCACGCUAUAGGGUGCUGGAUGAGGACGGGUACGAUGCACUAGCCCCAGCCGUCGGGGGGGUGUUGCCGGCGCUGGUAGAUGAUCUCUCGGAGAAGAGCCGGAGGGACCUUGGCGCCGGGGUCACGAGGAACUUGCAAGUCGUGGCCGAGGCGGCGACGGGAGCGGUGCAGAGGUGGACCCAGCUCAAUGAUGAGGCUACGGCGCGCAUAAUGAAGAGAGAGGAACACAUCGAGUGGCUGAGGAAGCUCUUCACUGGGUGGAAGGAGGCCCGGCCGGCCUUGAGGGAGUCGCGGAGGAGGAGGGAUAACGGAGGCAACGUGCAGACAGGCCAGCAGCCAGUGGGACGAACGAGGACCGCGACGGCAGCUCAAGCGGGAGGGAGCGGAGACAGUGGGCAGCGAGCGAAGUGGGUGAGACUGAUGAUGCUCCUUCGACUUAGGGAGCGGUUCCGCUGCUGGGCGAGCUUCAGGGUGGUGCUCACGCGAAAAGGAAUCGACGCAAUGUACAAAGCAUACAAGAAGAGGAGAAAAAAGAGGAGAGGCGCCAAAAAAGUGACGACGAAACAGAAGCUAGUGCAGACGAGGGCAGGUCAGGGUCGCAGGCGUCGUACCGAGCGCGUCGAGAUCGUGUCCUGA